AUGUAUACGCAGCUCUUCGACUGGCUCGUGGACCGUAACAACAAGGCUAUUUGCUCCACGAAAAACGUCCAGACGCACACUGAUAUGCUGGAUAUCUUUGGUUUCGAGAGCUUUGACCAGAAUGGGUUCGAACAGCUGUGCAUCAACUAUGCCAACGAGAAGCUGCAGUAG